CAUCUUAGAUGGCUCAGAUUUAGCGUUUAUUUUCACGUCGCAUGAACGUGAAUCGAGUAAUAUAUGAGAGAUUCCGUGAAAUCAACAUCUAUCAUCUGAAAUCGCUGUGUCAGAGCGAAUCAUUUCUAAAUAUAUUCAUAAAAAAAUAACGCGUGUGAUUAAUAAUAACGCGAGUGUGUGUUGUUAAUAAUAAUGCCGGAUUGUUGGGCAAAAGGCUGUAAAAGCCGAAAUAAUAAUAGUCGGAAGAAUAAAGCUCAACUGCAAUGGGAACAAUCUCAUAACAAAAAAAUUACAUUUCAUAAAAUACCUAAGAACCCAGAAAAACGAAAAAAAUGGCUAGAAAGUAUGAAUUUAAAUAUCGAUAUACCAGAAAAUGCAAAAUUGUGCUCGCUACAUUUUGAAGAAAGCGCUUUUGACAGAAGAGAUGAUUAUUAUAUUAGAAUCCGGCCUGGUGUCAUCCCAUUUGUAUAUAAAGGCAAUGCAAAUUUAAGUAACAUAGAAGCUCCUCAAAAAAAAAACAAAUUACUAAACACAACAAAUCAAGAAAAUAUUGACACCAAGACAUAUGAAAAAAUACUUAAUGCAGAACAAAAAACUAUAGAAGAUAAUUUUGAUUUUUCUGGAACAGUGAUUGAUAGUACCAUUAGUAUUCCUAGCACUUCUAAAACGAUUGAUAUAGACCAACUAAGGACACCACGCAAAGUUAAACACCAGGAAACGAUUGUUUCACCGCGUUUGUUGAAAAAUACACCAAGGAAACAAAUACUUGAAACUGCAUUGAUUAAUGUAAGAAAAAAUUUUAUCAAGAAGAUAAGAUCUUUGCAGCAAAAACAGAGAAGAUCCGCGAAAUGUAUUGCAAAUUUGAAAAAUGUAUUGACAUCUUUGAAGAAGAAAAAUUUUCGUGAUUCGCAACAGUUGGAUAUUUUAAAUAAUAUAGACUUAUUUCUUUCAUCCAACAAUACAACAAAAAGUAGUGGUAUUUCUUGAUCCUUGCCAUGCUCUUAAAUUAUUACGUAAUUAUCUUGGAAAUUAUAAAUCAAUAAUUGAUGACGAGGGUAAUAUCAUCCGAUGGAAAUAUUUCAUGAAGUUUCAUGAAAUCCAAAUAAAGGAUUACAUUUAGCCAAUAAGUUAAGAACACAGCAUGUAAAUUAUCAAACACAAAAAAUGAAAAUAAAACUUGCAGCGCAAAUCUUCAGUGCCUCUGUAGCUGAUGCAAUAGAUUUUUGUAAAAAUGA